UCUUCCGGUUUCCCCGUCGGGCUUCCGGGGCUGCCCGAGCCGUGGUGCAGACAUGUCCGGCUUCAGCCCCGAACUCAUCGACUACCUGGAAGGGAAGAUAUCCUUCGAGGAGUUCGAGCGGCGGAGAGAAGAGCGGAAGACGCGGGAGAAGAAGAGUCUUCAGGAGGAAGGGAAGUUAUCAGCUGAAGAAAAUCCAGAUGACUCUGAAGCCCCAUCAUCCUCAGGGAUUAGCUCUACCAGGUCCCAUGUCAGAGAGAUCAGUGAAGGAGAAACUUCGGAUGGGGUGAGCAAGUCGGUUCAGAAGGUCUUUGACUCCAUGCUUGGAGAGACUGAAGAUGAUGAGGAGGAAGAGGAGGAGGAGGAGGAAGGGGAGGAGACCCCUGAGCAGCCCACUGCGGGCGAGGUGUUUGCCCUGGAGCUGGUUCUCAACCGUGAAACCAAGAAAAUGAUGAAAGAGAAGAGGCCUCGGAGCAAACUCCCCAGGGCGCUGAGAGGUCUCAUGGGCGAAGCCAACAUCCGCUUCGCGAGGGGGAAGCGAGAAGAGGCCAUCUUGAUGUGUAUGGAGAUCAUCCGGCAAGCUCCUCUGGCUUAUGAGCCGUUCUCUACUCUUGCUAUGAUAUACGAGGACCAAGGCGACAUGGAGAAAUCCUUGCAGUUCGAAUUGAUUGCCGCGCAUUUAAAUCCCAGUGACACUGAAGAAUGGGUUAGACUGGCAGAAAUGUCUCUGGAGCAAGACAACAUUAAGCAGGCUAUCUUCUGCUAUACGAAAGCUCUUAAAUACGAACCUACUAAUAUCCGGUUUCUGUGGGAGCGAUCAAGUCUAUGUGAGCAGAUGGGUGACCAUAAAAUGGCAAUGGAUGGGUACAGGCGAAUUCUAAACCUUUUGCCUACGUCUGAUGGAGAGCGCUUUAUGCAGUUGGCUAGAGAUAUGGCCAAGAGUUACUAUGAAGCCAAUGACGGUGCCUCAGCUAUUAGCAUAAUCGAAGAAGCUUUCUCCAAACACCAGGCCCUGGUCUCCAUGGAGGACGUGAACAUCGCGGCCGAGCUGUACAUUUCUAACAAGCAGUACGACAAGGCUUUGGAGGUAAUUACAGAUUUUUCUGGAAUUGUGCUAGAAAAAAAGCCUCUGGAAGAAGAUGGCCCCUCGGAGGAGGAUAAAGCCGGCGACGAGGGAGUCACCUGCGCCAUCCCCGAGGGCGUGCCCAUCGACAUCAUGGUGAAGCUGAUGGUCUGCCUGGUGCAUCUGCACAUCCUCGAGCCGCUGAAUCCUCUCCUGACGACGCUGGUGGAGCAGAACCCCGAGGACAUGGGGGACCUGUACCUGGACGUGGCGGAGGCGUUCCUGGACGUCGGGGAGUACAACUCCGCGCUCCCACUCCUUAGCGCGCUGGUUUGCUCGGAGAGAUACAGCCUCGCGGUGGUUUGGCUCCGCCACGCAGAGUGCCUGAAGGCCUUGGGCUACAUGGAGCGUGCCGCUGAGAGCUACAGCAAGGUGGUCGAUCUGGCCCCGCUCCAUCUGGACGCCAGGAUCUCCCUUUCCACCCUUCAGCAGCAGCUGGGCCGUCCCGAGAAGGCGCUGGAAGCUCUGGAACCAAUGUAUGACCCAGACACGCUAGCCCAGGAUGCAAACGCUGCCCAGCAGGAGCUGAAGCUGCUGCUGCACCGGUCCACGCUACUGUUCUCGCAAGGCAAGAUGUACGGUUACGUGGACACCCUGCUCACCAUGCUGGCCAUGCUCCUGAAGGUAGCUAUGAAUAGAGCCCAGGUCUGCUUGAUAUCCAGCUCCAGAUCUGGAGAGAGACAUCUGUACCUUAUGAAAGUAUCACGAGACAAAAUAUCAGACAACAAUGACCAAGAGACAGCAAAUUGUGACGCAAAAGCAAUAUUUGCUGUGCUCACGAGUGUCCUGCCAAAGGAUGACUGGUGGAACCUUUUGCUGAAGGCCAUCUACUCCUUAUGUGACCUGUCCCGAUUUCAAGAGGCCGAGUUGCUGGUAGAUUCUUCGUUGGAAUAUUACUCAUUUUAUGACGAUAGGCAAAAGCGCAAAGAACUGGAGUACUUUGGUCUGUCAGCUGCAAUUCUGGACAAAAAUUUCAGAAAGGCAUACAACUACAUCAGGAUAAUGGUAAUGGAAAAUGUGAAUAAACCCCAGCUCUGGAAUAUUUUCAACCAAGUUACCAUGCGCUCCCAAGAUGUACGACACCAUCGCUUCUGUCUCCGCCUCAUGCUGAAAAACCCAGAUAACCACGCCCUGUGUGUUUUGAACGGACACAACGCAUUUGUAUCGGGCAGUUUUAAGCACGCGCUCGCACAGUAUAUCCAGGCCUUUCGUGCCCGCCGUGAUGAACCUCUCUACAACCUGUGUAUAGGCCUGACUUUUAUUCACAUGGCUUCCCAGAAGUACGUGUUGAAGAGACAUGCUCUCAUUGUGCAGGGCUUUGCCUUCCUUAAUCGGUACCUCAGCCUGCGUGGACGGUGCCAGGAGUCACUCUACAAUUUGGGCCGAGCCCUGCACCAGCUGGGGCUGACUCACCUCGCCAUUCACUAUUACCAGGAGGCGCUGGAGCUCCCACCGUUGGAGGCAGAGGGAAUAGAGGUCGAGCAGGUGGACUUACGAAGAGACAUCGCCUACAACCUGGCCCUCAUUUACCACAGCAGCGGGAACGCACUCAUGGCCCGGUACCUCCUGUUCACCUACUGCACCAUGUGACGCCCGUCCCCGGCCACGGCGGGGGAGUGGUUGCUGAGCUCUCUCACCUUCAGCCGCACUGCUCCGCUGCGGACCUUGGCUUCCACUGUUCAACAGCAGAGUGCUUCACUGUCCUGGUUCAUACAUACAUUUUGCAUGUAAGUUCGCAUAACUUCAUCAUUUUCCUUUAGCAUUCUGUAGGAAAAUUGUCCCCAGUGCUGAAAUGGACAGAAUUACCCUUGAGUCAGUGUGGAGUUGUUUUCCUUGUUCACCUCUGCGUUUAGCACAGUGGGCUUAUGAAAUAGUUCUACUGUAACAGACUCACUUGUGUGUCGUGGACAGUGACUUACUGCGCCAUCACCCUGUACAGUGCGGCCUUUGGAUGGCUGCUGGGAACAGUCAGAAUUUAAGUGUCGCCUUGCCUGUGGCUUUUUAGCUACACUCUGGCCACACUCCUGACUACUGAGGCACCUGCCACUCAGUUUUCUGGUACCAGGAAUCUGAACUGGGGACCUUACGCUUGCCAGGCACAGAGCCACUGAGCUACAUCCCUGGCCCUUUCAGCACAGUUCUUUAAAUCCUAACCCGAGUGUGUGUUUAUGGGAAAGCAAGGGGAGCUGGCGCCCGUGCAGUUCUUGCAGCCUGCUGCUGUGAGGGGAGGUGGUCCUUCCACGACACAGACGGAAGGCAGCUGCUCAAAUCUGCACCUAACAAAAUCAUUUAAAGCGGUAUAUGGUCAAAGGCCAAAUUCAGUAUUUCUUUUAACGUGCAUGCAUUUCAGCCGCACUGGUGGAGGCUCCAAGGCCACGCACCGGGUAUAGACAGCUUCCCAAGAUAAACCCGAGAUCAUGUUCAGUAGUUCAGCACGGUUUCCAUCCAGGGUCCCCGGGACUGCAGGAAAGACUGGGAAGCUGUGUGGGGUAAAGAAUUGCUGAAGUGGCAAGUAAAGGUACUCGUUAGAUGUACUGUGGGCUUGACAGUGUCUCAGGGUGCUGUGAUAAGUGCGUAUGGUGGUAACACCCAGUCCUGCUGCGAGAAGGAACAGACAGGAGAUGAGAGACAACAGCCAGCUCUCUGGGAAGUCUUCCUGAUGUUUGUAAGGACCUACACUUUUCUAGUCUAGAGGUGGAGUUUGAAACAAGUAAAUAUAUCAUCUGCUCUGUGUAUAUGUAAUGUAAAUAAAUACUGCUUUUAUUUGGGCUUUUGAU